AUGGAAUUGAGCAAAGUUGCUCAAAAUCUUAUAAAAUCUGUUGCUUCUGGAGAGGUAGGAAACGCAAUCGCUUGCUUGUUUUCAUAGAAAAGUUGCUCAUUCACUUGUUUGCUGGAUACAUGUCGUUUUUUUAUGUUGCAUGCCCUAUGUCAUACACCUUGCAAGACCCGCCCAGCGUUUUGCUACUUUCAUUGAAAGGAGAGCUUUAUUGUUGGCAUUUCGUCGGUUCGAAGGGAUUUUUUGUCAGUAAUUUAUUGUUGUCUUCCAACCGUUGUAAAAGUUUUUUUCUUUCUGUUUCUGAUUACGUAACCCGUGACAUCCGAAAUGUGUUUGUUCACGCUUUACAUGUGAAUAUGCAUGUAUCUUUGAUCUCCAACGAAUCUGUUAAGAAUCGAUUGAAGACUUGAGGCAUUUAAUUCUCGUGUUUGGGUUGUAAGUGCUGUAAAAGUGUUGUAGUAGCUGAGAUUCUGCACAGGGCAAACAUAAGCUUAACUUUUUGAAUAUAUUAACUUUAAUACCCCACCCACCAACCUACAGUUUAAAGAAGAAAAAUAUACCAUUGAACCAACUUGUGUGGGUAUCAUCCACGCCUCGCAGUUGUUAAAACGUGCUUAGCUAUCCACUGGAGAAAUUUCUAAAUGACUACCCACUGGAUAGCACAAUACCAGGAGCCCAUAACCUGAGUGAGCAACUUCCAUGCGCUUGUGUCACAAAGUUUUCAUGGACCAGUUUGUUUUUAGAACGGUUUUGGCGCGAAUUUUGAAUAUCUUUAAAAAUUCCACAAACCAGUCGGCAAAACCUACAGACCUGAAAAUGAUAUUUUUUGCCUUUUAAUAAAGUUAAGUUUUCCUUUUUGAUACCUUAUACUUCAAAAUAAUGUGCUCAUAGACAUGGUGGAGAUUCUAUUUUCGUGGGCAAAAGUGCACUAAAAUGUGUAUAAAAAUAAACUGGUCCAUAAAAAAGCCUUGACAUAGGCCUAGUAUGGGAGUUUCUUGCUCGGGGUUAUGGGCUCUUAGCAAUACUUAUCCACUGGUUAGUGAUUUAUCCUGUGAGGCUCUGUCCAGCUUUUAAACAACUGGGGUCAGGUAAACUUGAUAAUACUGGCCCAGGUUUUUUGAUAGUGUAAAUUAUAAAUCCCAUGUCAUAUUGCAUAUUUUGUCAGAAGAUAACUUUUGCUUUCCCAAUUCGAAGUUCACAGCUUGCUGUAAAAAAUUAACUGUCCCUAAUAGGACUUGAAUAAAAGUUAUUGUAUUUAGUGAGGUUCCUCUGGAAAUAUUUCCCUUGUUGCUGAAUGAGAAACCCAAACCUCCAUGGUAUUCGCAAUAGAGAUGACAGAAGUUUGGGUUGUGGGAUUUAUAUUGUGGUAAAAGCGGAGCGGGACCUUCCUUCCACACCUUGUAUAAAAUGUCUGAAGCCUUAAAUUCAAACAUUUGAUUAGUUGUUCUCAAAAGUCCCUCACUUCUCAUUUCUGGUUCCAUAAGUAGUAGUCACUCAUGUUUUAAGCAUCACACUAAAAUAUCGUUUGAGCUCGAAUUGUGGUCGCAAGUCUAACAUUUCAUAUGUCUUCUUUGAAACAGAUGGUUGAGCUUCAGAGCUUAUGGGCCACGCAGACUGUAGUGGUUGUCUUUCUACGUCGGUUUGGAUGACAACUGUGCCGGCUGUGGUCGACGGAACUUAGUUCGGUCAAACCACAGCUUGAUGCACAUAACGUGCGCCUGUGUGGUGUUGGAUUGGAGGAACUUGGCCUUGAAGAGUUCCAAGAAAAAAAGUUCUUCACUGGAGGUUAGUUUGGUCCCAGUGUGUUAAAGCAUCCUUUUGAGCAAGUUCAAAUGCAGAAAAAAAUCAUUCUAGACUAAAUAAGUUGCUUGCUUACUUUAUUAGAAGGUGGAUCUCAUUUAGCAGCAGCUUGUAUCUUUGACGAAGUUAUUUAAAUGUAAUUUGGCAGGAAAUACAAACCAUCUUGUGAAAGAUCACCACCUCUUGCUUGGUAAACUUUCAAAGUUUUGUUAAGUUUUGGUACCUGAGGGGAAAGGUGGGAUUUCAAAACUCAAUUUUCAGGUUUAUUUCAGUAUUUUAAUGGAAAUGUGAAAAAACUACUCUACAGGCAAAUAGCAGGGCUAGUCUGGAGGUGGGGGAAUGUACACGUCAUGGAUUUUUGUAUGACUGGUGAUAAACACCAUACUCUCUCUUAUGUUAUAUAAAUUCUUGCUUUGUUCCACAGAGUUGUUUUUGGAUACCAAGCAGCAGAUUUACAAGGACUUGGGAUUCAAAAGGUGAGGAAUAGCAAGACUGGCUUCUAAAAUAUUGUUUGCACACUAAAGCAAUGAAACUAUGAAAUGCAGAGAGAACAUAUUGUGGGUUUCAUGCAGCAGGAACCAAACAUUUCAUAGUCGCUCUAGGGUAUAUCAGCAUGCAAAGAAAGUUGUGUCCAAUAUUCCAGGGCUAGAGAAGUUUGCUAUCAGUGCUGGGUUGUUCAAAGCAGGGUUAGGAUAACCCAGGGUUAGUGCAAAAUUUGAAUUCAGAUAUGAAAGCUUAAAAAGCAAAUUGAGUUUUAUUCUUUUUGCCUACAAUUUGAUGAUUGGAUGCUCUAAAAAGAAUAGAGAAAAUUAUCCAGGAAAAUGCUUUUGAACAAAAGGAAAAGAAACCCAGGUUAAAAUUUAACCCUGGGUUAGCACUAAUCGGCCUUCGAACAACUGGGCCCAGGUUAGUGAGUUCUGUUCUUCUUGCCCAAAGGGCAAGUGAAGUUGUUUGGGAAUUCAAAAUUACCAUAGAAAAGAACUGUAAUAAUCCUGCUUAUCAAAUUUUUUUUGGCGGGGGGGGGGGGCUAGUGAAAAUGACUCUCGCUAGUGCAUGGUAGCUGCAGCUUGCCCAGUGGGCAGUUUGUAGAACUGACUUUCUUUGCACUUGGCUGCAUAAUGUAAGUAACUAAGGAUCACAAUGUGCUGCUAAAGCACAAAGCUAAUAAGAUGCAGUUUAUUACAUGACCUUUUUGUUGAACAAGAACUAGGUGCCUGAGAAAAGGGCAUUCUGGCCUUGAAAACCUUAUAGUAUUAUUUUCUUAUUGAAAAUUGUGUUAAAUGGGUGUACUGGUUGAAAAGCUUCAGUUAAACUUCAAUGGCUUUUUGGCAAAAAAUGCAUUUGAGUGGCAGAACUUAGAAAAAAGGAAAGGUCUUCUUGUGCUCAAACUUUGGUAAGUUUGUUCAUUUGCUUUGUUUAGGUACAGUGCAUUAACUGUCCUUGGUGGCUUGACAGCUAAAGUAACAAGGUUAAAUAUAUCCAAGGUGAUUGCUUAAUUUUAAAUACCUUUAAUCUACUGAAGUCACAGUUUAUUUGAAGUUUAACAAGUAUGGAAAAUAAUGGAUGAAUGUGAUUUCUGGUAAAGUUGACUGCAGAAAGUUCGUUUUUUUCUGUUACGUUUCAAAUUUGUGAAAUAGAUGGUGAUCAUUUUUUAAUCAUGUAUUUAUGGUGCAAACAAGGUGAUUCUCUAUGAUCAUAAAUUAAAGUUCUUUAUUUUGAUUCAAGUGUGUUAUUCUCUUUUGGGUGCCUUUCAUUAUUACUCCUGUAUGUGUGGUUCGUAUUUUCAUUUUGUGUUGUUGUCUGCAGGCAAACUCCAAAAACAUAAAAGGAAACUUAAAGGGUGAUGGAAUGCUAAAUGGCGGCAUGCUGAUAGUGACAGCAGGGGGAGAGAAAGUGUUGCUCAGCCACAAACAGGCUUCACCUGGAGAUCAUGUCCCUAAUGAGAAAAUUCUUGAGGUUCUUGGUAUAGAAGUUGAAGAGGGAACAAAAGAAGAAAAUGAAUCAGCACCAGAGGGCGGGGCAGCAGAAGGGGGCUCAGAGAAAUAACUUGCUAAAAGAUUUGCUGAAGGGUUGGGAGUGUAUCUGUCACUGUCCGUAAAUUUUUAUGCAUUGGACUCAAAUUGUUACACAGCUACUACUACUACUGCCACCACCGAGCUACAUCCCAGGUCCCGGUGUUCCUGAAAGCCGGAUUAGUGCUAAUCCAGGAUGAGAAAUUUUGUUCCAUUUUUGUAUCUUACCUUUAUGUGCAUUGCUUAGAGUAACAUUCUCUGUUAUCAUCACUAAAUCUUGGAGUAAAGACACAACCAGUAUUUUGAAAGCUCAAGAGGCAUGUUAUUAGACAAGAAGACCUUGCUAAAACUUUGGCUUAAUCCUGGGUUAGACUUAACCUGCCUCUUUCGAGGAACCAGGGCCAGAUGUAUAUGAUGUGGUUUAAAUUUUCUUUUCUUUUUUCUCAAACUCAUUGUCAUGCAUUACCAUACAAUUUUACUUCCAUUCAUAAUAAAUAAUUUAUUACACCACUAAUCAGAAUAUACUUUGACACUUCUAUUCUCUAUCCCAAACUAAACUACUUUAGGACUAUAAUGGGCACAGUACAUAUGUAGUCUAUUUCCAUAUGAUUUACUGGAUGUAUAUGUCCAAUGCCUUAUUGUUAGUAAGUUCAAGUGAAACCACUUUCAUGACAGCUAUUCUCCUUUAACCCUUUAAUUGAAAGGGGGACAAUGCAGUGGAAUAUAAAACCUAGAGUGACUUUUGAGAAAUUUGUUGCUAGAUACACCCACCAAAUUGCCUUGUGAUUGCUUGGGAAACAA